CGCCUAUGCAUGACUUUGCUGUCCGGGUAUCCCGCAUUAGCAUCAGCUCUUCUCUGAUAGGAAAACAUCUCUUUGAACGCUCAUAAUUGCCUCUCGCUGACCUGCAAUCAACUCACCCUAUAAAAUGCGAAAUAACGAACAAAGGCUUGAUUCUAUUUCGGAGACAGUGAUAUCGAUUCCAUUUGGUGGCUCUGACGAUGAGGAUGACUUUGAAGAAGACGAGGAGGAGAUUACUACCGCGGGUUUCUUCCCUUGUAUAAUGUACACUAACCCAGAUCCGACGAACAGUGAUCUCCCAGAUGGUCAGCGUCUGCGCAUGAAGGCAUUCACAGACGCUUUCGGCCGCUGUGAGGAACGAGUUCAGGAAGUGUUCAGACGGAUAUAUGCUCCGACAACAGCCCACAUAUUUGAGGUCGUGAGGGAUGCGUACUGUCCAUGCGGGGAAGAUAGGAUUAUGCCGUACACUGAACUGCGCGUGAUAGCCGUUUCGGGUACGGAUAGCAGUGCGACGUCCACCAUACUUGAAGAUGUGCAAAGCCUGCUGGUCAAGUUCGGAACUGGAGAUGGUAUUGGAGAUGGCGAAGAGGAAGAAGCAGCGAGGACACCGGUGCUUGUAUCUAGGCUAACUCCAGCAGACUGCCAAAAUAUGACUACGACGAUGAAGACUAUCAUCAGUGGGUUUGUAGUUUCAGACAGGGAAAAUGAAGAUGACGGAGAGAAUGAGAAUGUGCAAGGUCCCUAUCGAACUCUUGCACCCUAUGACAUCUAUCGCCUUGAGUGCUGGUACGAUAGGUUAAGGGCGUCCCGAGGCAACGCUGCUUUACCAAAACUCGUUGUGCUUGUUAAGGGACUUGAAAAUAUCGAGCCACAAAUCAUGCAGGACCUCUUUUAUAUCUGCAGUUUGCAUGCUCCUCGCCUACCACUUGUAUUCGUCCUAGGCCUCACCACCGCUCCGACUCCCUCUUAUUUACAUGCUACAUUCCCCCGCAGAACCCUAGCUUUACUCAACGUCACACAGGUUGAAGUGGCUAGCGGGAUGAACCUACUUGAGCGGCUUCUCAUUGAUGUUUUCUUCGACCCUUCGUUUCAAUCAACAAUAAUGCUAAGUCCCACAAUACUGACGUUCAUUGUCGAUCAAUUCAGACAGAACGUCCAAUCAAUAGAAUUCGUUAUGUCACUUUUGAAGCUAAUUUAUUUGCGUCAUUUUGGUGAACCAUUAUCCGUCCUGGCAUUGGACGAACUUUUAGGGGCAUCAUCUAUUGAAGAUGCUGCCGAAAAGUUAUCUAUGUCUGCCGCUCGGGAUUUCUUUCUUAGACUCUUUGCAAGGCUGCAGCAAUCGGACAAAUUACGUUUUGGGACAGGCGAAGGACCGAUGACUAACGGCGCCGGAUCCCAAAAGACUUCUGAACACAGUCCACGAAAAAGCUCUAGCAAAUGGAAAGAAAGGGCCGUGCAGGGCGCCGUUUUGGACGCGAGUUCGUCCUUGAUGUCUCCUUUACAUAUCCUGAGGCGUAUCUACAAGCUGCGACGAAGGCAUCAGCAUCGUCUACGACGCAUCCAAAUGGUGUUCCGCUUUGCCUCCGAAAUAAGAAAAUGGUUACUGAAGACCGGCGAAAUUCGAAAAGAAGAUGGAAGAGGUGCUAAGAUGGGACGAGCCGUAGGGACGGAGGUUGACAUGAUGUCCGCGUGCUUACGCGGAACACUAGCAGGUAGAGAAGGAGAAGUACUGGCAAGUGGGAUUCGGAGGCUCGACGGGAAUACGCUUUGUGCACUUCUAACUUCCUUGGACAUAAUCAUCCGGAAUCUACCAACCGAGGUUCGUACAGUUGAGGAGGACUCCAUCGGGCUAUUCGCCAGGUGGAUCUCAAGACUCAAUGGGUUAUCUACUGACGAAGACGCGGCUGUUGACAUCACGGCCGAUAUUGCGUGUGAAGUAAGCAAAUGGUUUGUCGACUAUCUCAGCGAAAAUAUGCAUGAUUUCACCGAAACAGAACUUUGGCAUAUCUGGUAUACAGGGAAUCCCACAGGAAUCAUGGAGAUGUACGACCCUGCUCCCCGGUCGGCAAUUAUCAAUGCACUCGUGCAUCCUCAACGGUAUCUUAAUCACGAGGCCGAUCCUAGGACAAACGAAGCCUCAUUUCCAGCCCUGAUGCAGGAGAAUAGGAAGCGCCGUGCUGGCAACGGAAUUGAUGGCGCUGAUGCAGAGGAUUUAAAUCCGGACACGGUACUGCUAUUUAAGGGUUACUUGGAAAGUGGACGCAUGACGAAUGUGUAUGACUGGUAUAUGUCGUUCAAAGAAUACCUUGAGGCACGGCGUCGGACGACGGAGGUUCGUUGGCGCGGAAAGAAAGAUCGACAUAAAGCUGUGAGGAAGAUCGGUGAUGCAUCGAGAGACCCUGGAUCUGCGCCCUCAAGUCCGACGAAGGCCAGGGUACGAGGGAGGGGAAGGCCUAGAGGCAGAGGUGGGUCUGGUCGAGGGCGAGGGCGAGGGCGAGGGCGAGGAACGAGAGGCGGUAGAGAACGGACAGUUGCAGAUAACGAAGGUGGCACUAGCUAUAGCGAAACGAGUGAUGACAGCGAAAAUGAGCUGCGUCUUGCAGAACAUGAGCGAUGGGAGGCAGAAGUCCAGGCACGCUUCAUACGCUCGGUGCAGGAGCUCGACUUGCUGGGCUUUAUCAAGCAUACUGGAAGGAAAGCGGACCAUGUGCAGAAGACGAUGCACGAGUCUGCCGAGUAUUCGUAGUGUAGUCAUUUUACUCGAGAAUAAUUACUGUAAC